AUGUCUUGUGCCCGCCUCGCCCCAAGUAUCCCAGGAGCGGGCGCACUUUCUGAAACCAAACCCGGUCAGUUGGCGGGCCACAGCGAUCGCUCCACGGGCUCCUUAGCCUCAGGAGAGGAGGUGCAGCUUCUUAGGGCGACCACACCCGGCACCCGGGCCCCGCCUUCGAGCCGCUGCUGCCUCUCGUCCCCCGGGGCCCCUAGCCCAGCUAAACGCUCACUGGCUGGGAAGGAAUCCGCCAAGGGAAGCGCCUGCGGAGACCCCGGCACUUGGAGCCUGACCUAUCGGCUCGUGUCUCCGCCUCUCACUGCUCGUUCCACCUACCGCGGCCCAGUGCUCGGCUGCAGUGGGCCCACACGGCCCUGCCCGUCUGGCUCUGCAAGGGCGCCCCGGAAAUUAUGGGUAUGUGCGGAGGGGUUGGGGUGGCUCUUCUGGGCGACGGGGAAAGCGCCUGGAACCCCCGCCCGGCCCGCCGCCGUCCCCUCGUGCUCUGCACUGAGCCGAGCACCGCCCUGUCCGCCCGCAGAGGUGCUGGUCCUGGCCACAUACCGCGCGCAGAAGGAGGGCGAGCUGAGCCUGGCGCCGGGAGACGUGGUCCGGCAGGUGUGCCCGGGUCCUACCCCGGGCUGGCUGCGCGGAGAGCUGGGGGGCCGGAGCGGCCUCUUCCCCGAGGGCCUGGUGCAGGAGAUCCCGGAAAGUCUGCGCGGUACCGGAGAGGCGCAGAGACCGCGCGGUCCGCGCCGUCGAGGUCACCUUGCCAAAUCUUGGGAUCCCCCAAGAUGGUGCAAAGUGCACUACAACUACAUCCCGGAGCAGACAGACGAGUUAGAACUGCGAGCUGGGGAGAUAGUGGAAGUUAUAAAGGAGAUUGAGGACGGCUGGUGGCUGGGGAAGAAGAAUGGGAAACUGGGAGCCUUGCCAUCCAACUUUGUGGAGUUGCUGGACUGUGGACCCCCAAGCCUCAGUUUUUCAGACAAGCCUUCCAUCAUCCCUGACUUAGAGCAGCCUCCCAAGCUGUACAGCCAGAGGUGGGAUGAUCCUCCCGAAUACCAGCAGACAGCCUACCACCCUGAGUACUACAAGGUCCUGUUUGACUACCAGCCUAAGGCCCCAGAUGAGCUGGCGCUGAGGAAGGGGGACAUGGUGAAAGUAUUGAAGAAGACCACAGAGGACGAGGGCUGGUGGGAAGGGGAGUCUCAAGGCAGGAAGGGCGUUUUUCCCGACAACUUCGUGGUGCUACCACCCCCAAUCAAGAAGCUGACCCGACAGCAAAUCCCACAGGACUCAGUAAAAACAAGAAAACCAAAAAAGAUGAUGCUGAAAACCAUCCUCCCUGCAGCCAAAAGGAUGGGGACAGCUACCUCUCCCUUGGGGCCCAACAAAAACAGGUUGUCCUGGACACCUAAGCCUGAUGGGGAGAGCACUAGACACCCCAGUGGGUGGGGUGGGGGUAGACAAUGCAGGGACCCCUCACUGACCCCUCUCCUCCACCUGCAGAAGGGAAAGCAGAGCAGCCAAGCAAAGGCAGCUGCUCAGACUAAAACCCCUCGACUGGACAAGCCUGGCACCUUGAAGAGGACCCGACAGUCAGACAAAAGCCCCACUCUAAGACAGCGCCGGGCACCAGAGAAAACCCUCACUCCAGAGGAGACCCCAACUCUGGAGGACAAAACUUCCUACCCAGAUAGGGCCUUCUCAGUGGAGGAGACCCCUGAACCGGAAGAUCUGGCCCUUCCUGAGCUUGGGGACCCCUUCCCAGGGAUGGGGGUUUCUCCAGAGCAGGAGGCCAGUUCCCCAGACAACCCUCAGGCCUGUGAGCCCUCUUUGGAAGAAGCCAUGCCUCUGGUGGCCAUCAAGGCACAGUCCCCUGGGGUCCUCACACCAGAGGGUGAGGACACCCAUCCUGUCAGUGAACACUCUUUGGAGGAAGCCAAGCUUCCGGUGGCCAUCAAGGCACAGUCCCCCAGGGUCCUUAUGCCAGAGAGGUCCCCCAGAGAAGAGACAACCCCCUCAAGUGAUGACACCCAUCCUGUCAAUGAGCCCUUUUUGGAGGAAGCCAAACCUCCGGUGGCCACCAAGGCACAGUCCCCCGGGGUCCUCACACCAGAGGGGCCGCCCCCUCCCACCACAGAGCAUCUUCUUGCCAAUGGGGAAACUACCCUGAAAGAGGGGUCCCCCAAAGAGGCAACCCCCUCAGGUGAGGACACUCAUCCUGUCAAUGAACCCUCUUUGGAGGAAGCCACGCUUCCGGUGGCCAUCAAGGCACAGUCCCCCAGGGUCCUCGUGCCAGAGGGGUCCCCCAGAGAAGAGGCAACCCCCUCAGGUGAUGACGCCCAUCCUGUCAAGCUGACUCCACACCUCCAAGAGAGCUCCACGGUCCAUGCUCCCGCGGCCCCGAAUUCCAUAGAUGUCAAAUAUGACAACAGCAUCCUGCAACUCACGGAGGAGGUGAAGACGUUAAAGGCUUCGCUAGAGCUGAUGGGGAAGCAGCUGGAAAGGAAGCUGAGCGACCUCUGGGAGGAACUGAAGAGGGAGAAGGAGUCACGCCAGAGUCUGGAGGUUCAGCUGGGACUGAGGACACAGGAGCCAGCAGCCCCAAGCACCACCGCCACGGCUACCAGCAAACAGACGCAGACUGAGGAUGACACUCCCCCUGUCAUCGCUGGGGACCCGCAGAAAGGCACCGGGGUGCCACCCACGCCGCCACAGCCGCCUGCGCCCAAUCGGCUCAGCAACAAGGGCGCACAGGUUCUCGCUCCAGCUGUCAAGGGGAAAAGGUGCAAUUCCAGGGAGUUGGGCCACAUGCCCAAUAGCACCAGGAAGCCCGCAGUGAGCGAUGGGGCCCCUGAGCACCUCGAGCAGGGGCGCGGCCCCAAGCCCAUGGGCAGCUAG